AUGCACAAGUCGAAGAAUUCGGGCCAAGUCGUCGAGGAUCCUAAGCUCCUCCGAAAACUCGGGAACAACGAGAGCUAUCAGCUGGCAUUGUACAUUUUGAAUCAGUAUCGCGGCACAUCUGUGGCUUGCCGCUAUGUGAUACCUCCAACGCUAAGAGGCCUAGCUCAACGAACGAGACUUGUAGAGGUUGUUCAGGCUUCUAUCGCCGACAAUGUCCUUAAGCAUCCCGUUUUGCAAGUUGGCAUUGCCAAUGCAGACUCUGCUCAGCCUAUCUUUGUUAAGCUAGACAGCCUCGACCUGCGUCAGCACGUCAAGUGGCAGUUCCUCGACGCUUCGGCGGAUUUCGAGGCUACAUUGCAAGAACUGACUACGUCUCAGCUUGACGCCACUUUCCCCGACCUUGACAAACAACCAGGUUGGAAGAUAGUGGUCUUGUAUCAAGACGGAACCGAUUUUCUCGAGAUUUUGUUUACUUGGAAUCACCCACAUUGCGAUGGCAUGAGCGGCAAAAUCUUCCACCAAACCUUGAUCCAAUUUCUUAAUGCUAGAGGUGGGAGCAACGAACACCAGGACCUGGAUGCGAACACUCUAACACUUCCUGCCACCCCUACAAAACUGCCUCCGCCUAUCGAGCAAAUUAUGGGACUUCCACUAGAGAUAAAGUAUCUCGCUAAGGCACUGUUAGAAGACAAUACGCCGCGAAUGUUGCGCAAAAGCCCGAUCCUAGCUCAUUGGGCUCCCAUCACUCCAUUACCUUAUAAGACGCAGUUUCGAGCCUUUACCAUCGAGAAUACUGUCCUCUCCAGGGUGUUGGAAGCAUGUGGUCGUCACCGUACGACGCUGACGGGCCUUUUUCACGGCCUGGUGCUUGUCUCCCUCGCCUCGCGUCUAGAAAGGAGAGUUGCACCCGGAUUUCAGGCUGCGACGACCAUAAACAUUCGACGAUUCGUGCCUUUGGCACCACCCGGCUACCCCUGGCUGGAGCCGGAGCGAACCAUGGGCAAUUUUGUGACGCAGCUGCAUCAUUCAUUUAACCCGGAGCUGGUGGCCAAGGUCCGUCUCGCUGUUUCGUCAUCCCAUGAAGCCGGGGAGGUCUCAUUGUCGAACGGGCUCACGAGCCUGAUCUGGGACGCGGCUGUCAAGGUUCGAGGGGAGAUAGUGAAAAAGCUGGAGCUAGGACUCAAGAAUGACGUGGUGGGAACAUUGAAAUUUGUCAAGGACUGGAGAGCUCAGCAGAAGAAGGCCACACGCAUGCCGCGGGAGGCUUCCUGGAUGAUUACUGGACUUGGCGUGCUGGGUGGCGGCUCGGCCUCUGAAACCGGGGCAACAGCCUCGAAAGGCGAGCAGACCCAGUGGGGGGUCCGCCGCGCACAGUUUGCCUUGAGCGCAGAGGUCCCUGCCGCGGCCUUGAUGAUCUCGCCCAUGACAGCCGCGGGCGAAAAACUAUGCGUUGGAGGUAGCUGGCAGGACUGUGUCCUCGAUGUGACCCUUGGAGAGGGUGUUAUGGCCGAUCUAGAGAGGUGGUUGGGCAAGAUAGCGGUGUGA